AUGCGUCCUGUCAGCAUCACCGAGCUGAGAAAUAGCUACAUGUGGCCUCCAUCCCACCCUCUUCUCUUCAUUUUAGGUGUUCUGCUGUUGUUUUCCAGUGUGAGUAUUCUGUUCCCGGGUGUGGGCAGCUGCCCCAAGAAAUGCUCGUGUCACCUACCUUCAAAUUCUGUGGACUGUAGUGGUCGGGGGUUGUCGGAGAUCCCUCCUGAUCUACCACCAUGGACACUGACUCUGCUUCUACAAGAUAACCAGAUCCACUGGCUUCCUGCUCUUGCAUUUAGGUCUGUGUCUCUGCUCACCACAUUAAAUUUAUCUAACAACACUCUUUCAAAUUUGGCUUCAGAAGCUUUCUAUGGACUUCAGCAUUUGCAGAUUUUAAACCUAACCCAAAAUUCCCUGCUUUCCCUUGAAAGCAGCUUUGCCCAUUCCCUGCCUGGACUCAGGGAGCUGGAUCUGUCAUCCAACCACCUCAGUCUCCUCCCCACAUCCCUGGGAAAGCCUUGGGAGAACCUGACCAUGUUUGCCGUGCAGCAGAACCAUCUUCUGCAUCUGGACCGUGCACUUCUAGAGGCCAUGCCCAAAGUGAAGCUGGUCCUCCUUAAGGACAACCCCUGGAAAUGUGACUGCCGCUUGCUGGGUCUGAAACACUGGCUGGAGAGAUUUACCUUUGAAGGGGGAGUAACAGAUGGUGCCACCUGCAGGCUGCCGGAACCCUGGAAGGGUAAGGAUCUCCUCUCCAUUCCCCAUGAGCUAUACCAGCCCUGUCCUCUGCCUACUCCAGAUCUGGUACCCUCACUAGUUCAGCAGCCUGGUUCUGCUCCUCAAGAGGCCCAGAAGACCCCUGAGAGUAACUCAGAACAUCAAGAUCCCUUUGAGUGUGAGACCAAACCCAAACCAAAGCCAACCAACCUGCGCCAUGCUGUGGCCACUGUGGUCAUUACUGGUGUAGUAUGUGGGAUUGUAUGUCUCAUGAUGUUGGCGGCUGCUAUCUAUGGAUGUACCUAUGCAGCUAUCACUGCCCAGUACCAGGGAAGACCCUUGGCACCAACCAGUGAGACUGAGAAGAUGGGAAGCAAGAAGGCAAUGGACAGUUCACCAGCCUGAGGGUCUUCAUG